UUAGAACAUUGGCCGGCGGCAGGCCAGCGCUCAGUACGAUUUGCCUCAUCGUCGAGUUCGAAAGUGGUUUUUGCGCGGCUGAGUUUGGCUAACACCCUCCGAUUUGAAAAAUAGAAUUUCUUCGAUUCUUCACAAGUGCGCGUGGGCGCGUAACAUUUCCGAGUUGAAGUUUCUGCUGCUGUGUUUUGAAGUCAAUUAAUAUUCGCACAAUGUCCGCCUAUGAACUAAGCAAGCGCGUACAAGUCCGCUUUGCUGUUGUUAUUGUUCUUUUGUUGUUAUGCCUAAAAGCACACUACGCUGAAGCAGCGCCAACAACAGACCGAAGCUUUGCUUACGCCAAGGCACAGGCUAUAAAGAAAUCUGGUGGCAACCCGGAUACAAGCGCUUAUUUUCGACGCGAUCCCUAUGGCGCCAACACGUAUGCAUUUGGGUUUGAGGUUAACGACAAUCGCACCGGCAACAUACAGUUCCGCGACGAGCGACGCUAUGUAAACGGCAGCGUGGAGGGCUCUUUUGGGCACGUACGACCCGAUGGGCGUGUCAUUGUCACACACUUCCUCUCGGACAAUGAACGCGGCUUUCUGCACGAGACACGCACCUUUGAGUCAGGCGACAGCCAGCAGUGGAAAGCGCAUUGGCCCACCAAGCGGCCAAGCAUACACAUGCAAAGGCCACAGGAUAUGCCCACCGGUGCUGUGGUAUAUGAUAAGGACCUACACUUGAAUGUGACGAACAGUAAAGUGCCGGAGCCGCUGGCCAACGCGCUCAAUGAACAACACGCCAUCGACGUGAACGCUGUUGCGCAUGCGGAAAAUGCCAUGGGAGAUUUGGCCAUACAAGAUAUUAUCGAUGGCAAGGUGCCGUUGCAGACGAAGCAGGCUAAAGCAGAGACACACAUUGGCUUUGAGUCAGUGCAUGAUUUUCUACCAACCAAUUUUCCAAUUGUCCCUUUUAUAUUGCCACCAAUGUUGGGUGGGCUUGAUGUAAGUGGUGACAAAUCGGUGCCUAAAAACGCUAGCAGUCCAACAGGUCAUGAAGCUAAGCACAAUCAGCAGCAGACUAAAUAUAAUGAGGCCAAGGUAAAUAAUUCGGAAAAAUUUGUAAAUGUUCAGGAGCUCGAGAAAAGUGCAGUGACGAAGACAAAGCUUGCAUCCUCAACCAAAGCGCUUCCUUUGACGACCAAAGCACCUCUUUUGACCACCAAAGCGCCUCCUUCGGCUACCAAAGCUGACAAAGAACUUAUUGCCAAGGAGCAACCUACUCCAUUGGCCAAAGUUCCGGAGGGCGCAACAUUCGUGAAUGGCACCUGGUACCAGCAACUAAUUGACCAGUCCAGAAAUGAGUUUCUCAGUAAUUUAUCCGAUAACCCGUAAAGUGGAGAAUAGAUUGAUUAGAGAUAUAUAAAAAUAAAGUUUUAUGUACUUCCAUUUACAUAUACAUAAUGUACGAGUAUAUACCGUAUAUAGACAUAGCAUUAAGAUUUUAAGUAAGUAAAACCAAAAUCUUUAAUAAAUAAAUAAAUACGAGUGCC